AAUCCUCUGAUCACCCCGUGAGCGUGUGUCCCUCUGUAAGCUGUCCUGUGUGCUCGCUCUCAUCGAGUGUGAACCGCAGAGGUUAGCCGGCCGGCGUGUUUCCCCCCCCCCUUAAAAAGUCCAACAAGAGGGGGUAAGAAGGAGGGACAUGGGCGAAAGAUUUGUGGUAGUCCCGGUUGACGGAGGGGUUAGGGUCGCCGUAGAGGGGGUGCAUUCGGACGCGGUUGUCUCUGACCCGGCACCGGACACCGGCAGCAGCACCACAGGCGGCGGCACAGUGGAUGAUAGAGAGGCGGGGGAGGAUUCCGUGUUCGAGCCGCAGGACCCCGACGCUGUGGUGCCUAUCCUGGAGUACAACAGGGAGCCCAACAAAUACGGUGACGGCGUCCCAAAGGAGAACAGCCCCUUCAUCAACAACACAGACAUCGACAAAGGCAACAGCUAUGAUGGCACCAACAUGGCCCUUUUUGAGGAGGAGAUGGACAGCAACCCCAUGGUGUCAUCUCUCCUCAACAAACUGGCAAACUACACCAAUCUCACCCAGGGGGCCCAGGAGCACGAGGAGGCUGAGGAGGACGAGGGGCCCAAGAAGAAAGCUGUUAAGAGCCCUCAGAUGGGGACCUUCAUGGGCGUCUACCUUCCCUGCCUCCAGAACAUUCUGGGCGUCAUCCUGUUUCUGCGACUUACAUGGAUUGUCGGCACCGCCGGCAUCUUGGAGUCCCUGGCAAUUGUCGCCUUGUGCUGCUCUUGUACAAUGCUGACAGCCAUAUCCAUGAGUGCAAUCGCUACUAAUGGUGUUGUGCCAGCUGGAGGCUCGUACUACAUGAUUUCCAGAUCUCUGGGUCCAGAGUUUGGUGGAGCUGUGGGUCUCUGUUUCUAUCUGGGCACAACCUUCGCUGGCUCCAUGUACAUCCUGGGUACUAUAGAGAUUCUACUGACAUACAUCGUGCCUAAAGCAGCCAUCUUUGUGGCAGAGAAAAAGGAGGAUGAGGUGGAUGCCCUGCUCAAUAACAUGCGUGUUUACGGCACAUGCUGCCUAGCACUGAUGUCCAUAGUUGUCUUUGUAGGGGUGAAAUAUGUCAACAAGCUGGCACUGGUCUUCCUGGCCUGUGUUAUUCUUUCCAUUCUUGCCAUCUAUGCUGGAGUCAUCAAGACUAUCUUUGAGCCACCAGACUUUCCUGUUUGUAUGUUAGGGAACCGCACUCUGCAGAACCACAACUUUGACAGUUGCCUUAAGAUGGAGGUUAUAGGUAACAUGACGGUCACCACCAAGCUGUGGAAGCUAUUCUGUGAUGGGUCCGAGUUCAAUGCCACCUGCAACGAAUUUUUCAUCAACAACAAUGUUACCAGCAUACAGGGCAUCCCAGGCCUGACCAGUGGAGUCAUUUCAGAAAACAUGUGGUCAGUGUAUGGCCCUCUGGGUAUGAUGGUGGAAAACAAGAAUUUGUCGUCUUUUGGAGGGAGUGACCCUGCCCAGGACAUCUACAUGCCUUACGUAGUCAACGAUAUCACCACAUUCUUCACUCUGCUGGUCGGCAUCUACUUCCCGUCUGUCACUGGUAUCAUGGCGGGUUCAAACAGGUCAGGUGACCUGCGUGAUGCCCAAAAGUCCAUCCCCAUUGGGACCAUAAUGGCUAUCGCUACCACCUCCUUCAUCUACGUCACCUGUGUUGUGCUCUUUGGUGCCUGCAUUGAGGGAGUUCUGCUUCGAGACAAAUUUGGUGACUCGGUGAAAGGGAACCUUGUUAUAGGCACACUAUCCUGGCCCUCCCCCUGGGUCAUUGUGAUUGGCUCAUUCUUCUCCUGCUGUGGGGCGGGGCUACAGAGUUUGACUGGUGCCCCUCGAUUGUUGCAGGCCAUCGCACGAGAUGGCAUUGUACCUUUCUUACAGGUGUUUGGUCAUGGUAAAGCUAAUGGAGAACCUACCUGGGCUCUGCUGCUGACUGCUGGGAUCUGUGAAAUCGGCAUCCUCAUUGCCUCCCUGGACGCUGUGGCUCCGAUUCUCUCCAUGUUUUUCCUUAUGUGCUACCUGUUUGUCAACCUGGCCUGUGCAGUUCAGACUCUGCUGCGAACGCCUAACUGGAGGCCGCGCUUCAAAUACUACCACUGGGCUCUGUCCUUCCUGGGAAUGAGCUUGUGUCUUGCGCUCAUGUUCAUCUCUUCCUGGUAUUAUGCUAUUGUGGCCAUGGUCAUCGCUGGCUGCAUCUACAAAUACAUUGAAUACAGAGGGGCGGAGAAGGAGUGGGGAGAUGGCAUCCGUGGCCUGUCCCUCAACGCUGCACGCUAUGCCCUCAUUCGCCUUGAGGAGGCUCCACCACACACUAAGAACUGGAGGCCUCAGUUGUUGGUGCUCCUGAAUGUCGACUCGGAUCAAGGAGUCAAACACCCUCGUCUGCUGUCCCUCACCACUCAGCUGAAGGCAGGGAAAGGCCUCACAAUUGUGGGAAACGUUUUAGAGGGAACCUAUCUCACCAAAGAUGCAGAGGCCAAGAGGGCUGAACAGAACAUCAAGUCUGCCAUGUCAACGGAGAAAACAAAAGGAUUCUGCCAUGUUGUGGUGUCUUCAAACCUCAGAGAUGGCUUCUCCCACCUCAUCCAGUCUGCGGGGCUGGGAGGCAUGAAGCACAACACAGUCCUAAUGGGCUGGCCUGGCACCUGGAGGCAGUCCAAUGACCCGCAGUCAUGGAAGAAUUUCAUAGAGACAGUGAGGGAGACCACAGCAGCCCAUCAUGCCUUGCUUGUGGCUAAGAAUGUGGACAGUUUUCCCACCAACCAGGACCGCCUGGGGGAGGGCACCAUUGACGUGUGGUGGGUGGUUCACGAUGGAGGCAUGCUGAUGCUGCUGCCCUUCCUGCUGCGACAGCACAAGGUGUGGAGGAAGUGUAAGAUGCGUAUCUUCACUGUUGCCCAGAUGGAUGACAACAGCAUACAAAUGAAGAAAGAUCUCCAGAUGUUCCUUUACCACCUACGACUGGAUGCAGAAGUGGAAGUGGUGGAGAUGCAUGAUAAUGACAUCUCAGCCUUCACCUACGAGAAGACACUAGUGAUGGAGCAGAGGUCUCAGAUGCUGAAACAGAUGCAGCUUUCCAGGACUGAAAGGGAGAGAGAGAUUCAGAGUAUCACUGACGAAUCACGUAGCUCAAUCCGGAGGAAGAACCAGGGCGCUGCCCAGGGCGCCAACCUCAGCCAGCAGUCCUCACUGAUGGAGGACACUCAGGAGGAUGAGGCCCAGCUCAUCCAUGACAGAAACACAGCAUCUCACGCCGCUAUAAAUGACAAAGCAGAAAGUGGGCCUGAGCAGGUCCACAUGACCUGGACAAAGGACAAGCUCUUCACAGAGCGAAAUCGUAACCGCGAGUGCAACGCUAAUGUGGCUGUGCGCGACCUGUUUAACAUGAAACCAGAGUGGGAGAGUCUGAACCAGUCAAAUGUUCGUCGGAUGCACACAGCUGUCAAGCUGAACGAGGUAGUGGUCAACAAGUCGCAGGGAGCCCACCUGGUUCUGCUCAACAUGCCCGGACCACCGAAGAACAGAGGAGGGGAUGAAAACUACAUGGAGUUCCUGGAGGUUCUCCUUGAGGGUCUGAACCGGGUCCUCCUGGUGCGAGGCGGUGGCCGUGAAGUCAUUACUAUCUACUCUUAAAAAAAAAAGGCCCCACCCUGCACAUAUGGGCUGUCAUCAUGGAUACCAGUCACCGGGCAUUUUCGGGGGCAGAAAAUUUGGUUAAUAAUGAAGGGGCGGGGGUUUGAGGAAGGCGGGACCGCUUGUGAUUGAAGGCCCUCAGGAUGAAGGAAAAAGUUAUGGUUGAAGCAGUUUACUGGCUGAGAGUACGAGCACAGUGUGUGUCCACGCUGGGCCACUGUACCCCUGCACAUGGAAGAUAGAGCAUAGAGACACUUUAUAUUGUUCAUUUAAGUCUGGAAAAUGUUGUCCUGUUCUGUUACAUUUUCAAAUUCUUUCCCUCUUGUGUUUAUGUUGUCAAGUUACUGGCACUCACUGUGUACAGAUAAGCAAAGAAGUGAAUGUGUGCUGUUGAUAUGAACCUCGUAGUCUUUCAUGUCGUGUGGUGUGCUCAACUCUUGGAGGUUUGCUGGACCUGAGAAAAACAUGGAAAGAGAGGAAGUUACAAAAUGGCUUUGCGUAGGAAGGUCAUUCAUAAUAACACAUCAGGAAUAUUCAAUAAUCCGAUACAGCUGAUCUGUAUGGUCUGCGUCACCAUAUGUACAUGAUGUUUUCAUUUCAAAUAUAUUUGAAGAAACUGCUCUCGGUCUCAGCCACAGAUGAGGCGCUGCUGAAACAUGCUGUUAGGUGGAACUUGGGAGCCUGUCAGUAGCUGAGAGCUCCAUCUUAGAGCAGCAUCUGUAGUCACAGUGCUCUGAGGGUUUUGGCCUGAGCGUUGGAUCACCUUCCUCCCUUCAGGCGGUGAUGUUGGGUACUUACACUCGCAGGUCAACAAUUUCCACCCUCACGGAACAUUAUUGUUUUAAUAGGGAAAAAUAGCCAUAGCUCAUGUUGUAGCUCCCUGUAAUCUUUAUAGUGGACAUAUGAAAUGCACAUGUAUAAAUAUUUAUUGUGUCUGAAGUAGUGCUCAGUUAAGACUAGAACUAGAUUUUUUUUUUAAUUCAAGGGCUGUCUGACAGCGUGCAAUAGGUUAAUCAGAUAUUAGACUGGCUAAUUGGUUCGCACAAUUUGCCUUCAGAAUUGUUGGCAUUUAUCAAAGUAGACUUUUUAAAACGUGAAAGCACAAAUUGACACAUGAAUUAGUGUAAUUCUUCCCAUACGGACAUAGUUACAGCACUAUUGACUUUGCACUACCGAUCUUUCAGCACUUAAUUCAUCACAUACUGGCUGACUGUGACACUUUGUUCUGGUCAAUCUACGACUACAUCCUUCUGACUUAAGUGGAGAGACACACUGAUACAUGAGCUCAUAAAACCCAUGUUCCAUAGUUUUUUUUAAUAAUAACUUACCAAACAAACUCUUUAGGCUUUGCGCCCCAGACUGAGUAGAUAACUUGUUCUGAGCAUGUUUAGGAGACAAAGUGCCAAAAAUGAAAGAAACUGUGGAAGUAUUAUUAUGGCCAUAUAGACGCUACUGCUUUGAUCUUUGGAAAUCCACAAUAUUGACUUUAUUUUGCAACAGAGACAGAAUUCCUCUGAACUUCUGCCUGUGAGUAAACAAGCAAAUGCAACUAAUAGUGCAUUUUCCAGGGAAUCUUACACCAGCCAACACCUCACCGACUUUUGUGUCGGAGGAAAGAAGACAGAAACUUCCCUUGUGUGUACCUCCACAGUUUCUUUUUGAAAUUAGAUGUGCAGUAUUUUGUAAAGCAGGAAGGCGCGUUUACCUGUAGUUCUUCGCAGGGGAACGACCAUUUCUGACUGUCAGUCAUGCAACAUCCGUGUUUUGUUGUGUCGUCCAGUUGUUGAUGUAUGCCUGUGUUACUAGUUAUAGUGUUUGUUGCAUUAUCAUCGACCUUCUGUUACUUUAAGUGUUAAUUUUUCUUUGUGUGAUUUUUAUGGAAGGAGGAAGAGCGAGGCGGUAUAUGUGUAAGGACAGCAGCACUUGUUUUGUGCGUUGUUUGGACCCACCAGAAAACACAACAUGUACAACACACUGAAAACCCCUCAGGAUUACCUCUCAAGAGGGUGAAGAAACUGAACGAAGCAACCGGGGGAACAAAUGAAUUGUCUAAAUAUCUCUGUCACUACAUGAAGUUCAUAUUUCAGUUUCCUUAUUCAGUUUUAUAUUUUAGCCACCAAAGAUGAAACAGUUCUGUUUGUGUAAACCUACAAAAUUUCUAGUUUUAAGAAGUUUGAAACAUUGAACAUUGUAAAGAUAAAUUAUUGAAAAAGUUUCUUUGUUUAUAAUUUGGUUACUGAGCUGAAUAGCGGUAGCUGUGCAGAAAGAAAACAUAACAUACAUGAAACCUUAACGAGAAGAUGCUAAAUAUAAAGAAAAGGAGGAAAAUAGGAUUGUCAGCAAUGUGUGGGUUUCACAGCUCUAAUAUUUGAGGUGGCUAGAGAAUGAUAUCUACCUCACUGAGGCUUGGCUGAAGGAAAAAAAUAUAAUCACAUCUCUUUCAACAACUGAUGUUCCGUAUGGAUUUAUGAAAGGAAAGAAGCCUCUGCUAAGUGAGAGGACCAGCAGAAUUGUGUGUGUGAGUGUGUGUGUGUUCCUUAUGCAUACUGUUGUGAGAUGAAGUCGUUUGUGUUUCUGCUGUUGUCUGGCUCAGCCGGCAGGCCUCACGGGCUGGAAAAGGAAGUCACUUGUGGGCACACAUAUAGAGGAGGGUAGCCCUGUAAAUUGUAUUUGUGCCUCUCUGAGUAAUUAUUAAAAGUGCUGAAAUAAACAAC